GCAUUUGGGUCCUAAUCAGUAUGAAGGGCCAGAUGGUUUGGCACGACUUGUUGAUGUUCUUUGCUAGUUUCCUCUACCUGUACCGGAUCUUUUCAAGCGAUUGGACCAAUGGCAUCAAUGGCAUGGCAUUCCUCAAUUUCUGGUGCGAGAAAAGGUUCCAACACGCCCUGACACUCAGCCUAGGCCCCCAUCGACGCCUUCACAAAGUCCAGUUGGACACGCCGCGCCAAGACCAGCAGCUGCGACCGAAGAUCCGCCAGCCGGACACGAAGCAGUCGCACUGGCGAGCACAGCAACUCGGUAGCCGAGUGAUUCUGGACACAUGCAGUCGGCGUGGAAUCGUUGCAGCGCCGGGACGGGACCAAUGUAUGCGGUUUGUGAAUGAAGGUUCUGCGCCCGAUGGAACAAGGCCCAAGAUACCAAUGGAAGUUCAUGUGAUCUUCGACGACGAGUGGGCUCAACCCAACAUGGAGAAGGAUCAUGUUCCAGCCAUGAAGCACAACGAGAUGGCAAUGCACACCGAGCCUUGCAUUGUGGAUCAAAAUGGGUCCCUGUUGGGCGCAGUGGCAGCCACAGGGUUUGCGUGCGGCCUGUCUGAUCACAAUGCCAACGUGUGGAACAACGAUUGCCCAAGCCUGGGCGGAUGUCCCCGCAAAUUGACUUCAAGCAUGGCGAUCCUCAGUGUCAUGAUCCCAACCUCGGUGGGCUUUGUCGAGGCUACCCGCGCACCAACUUUUUCUUUGCCGUCCAAGAUGCAAGACAUGGGCUUCAGCAUCCAGCGGGUGAACUACCGAGAAGGUUUUGACUUCAAAGCCGGCGCCCAAAAGCUGAAUUCCUACAUCCAGGAGAAGAAGCCCAAGCACAUACCCGACUUUCCAGCUUCAACAACCUUCCAAUUGCGCGCCCACCGAGAAGAGCUUCGAAGCCGCUUUGGAAGGAAUUCUUUGUUGCGAAUGCCAGUCACUUUGGGAAGUUUGCUACGAAACUUCACUGGACGGCAUUGUGCUGAUGUGACAGGUGAAGUCCCAUCCAUGGAGCAAGUGCAAGAUGAUGUCCAAGGUGCUGGCAAGGUGGAGGAAGCUGUGGUUGAGGGCAACGACAAGACUUCUGAUGAUCCACGCAAGGCCCCCAAAACCAGAAGCGUGAAGGUUGAGCGAAAAUGCAAGGCAGAAGAUGAGCUGCCUACGAAAGAUGAUUUGGAAGUGGAUGAUGGCGAAAAUAUUGACAUUCCUGAUCAAGAUGAAGGUUCAGGUGGAGCACAUGGCAAACCUCCUCAAGGUUGGAGCAUAUUGCUGUCAAAGAAGAUGAUGGAGAAAUUGGAGAAGGGCAUGGAGAAGCAAUGGACUCAGAUGGAUUUGCAGGAAAUCAAAGGCCUUAAGAGGAGUCUUGCGGGCCAAGACAUGGAAGGCCUUGAUCCAUCUACAGUAGCUGCUAUGAGAAGGGUCCUGACAGUCAAGUCAGAUGACACAGCCAAAGCACGGCUUUGUCGUGUUAGGCUACCAAAUCGGAAACAUCACAGAAGUGGAGACAGCAGCCCAACCAUGGAGCGCAUGUGCCGAUAUUUUGUCCUAGCAUUUUGCACCAAGACAUUUUACAAGUUGAAGGCCGGCGAUGUGACGGCAGCAUUUUUGCAAGCUGAUGGAAGUUUGGAAUCGCCGGAGAUGACGGUGCGGGUACCUGCCGAGCUAGCAGUGCUGCUCGGUACUGAACCCACCCAUCCUGUGAUGCCCUUGCGAAUCAGGAAGGCAUUCUAUCGCCUGGUGCAAUCUCCACGAUGUUUGUUCAUUGAUGUGUCCAACAAGAUGGCAUCCCAUGGAUGGCGAUGUCUUCUUGCAGAUCGCUGCAUGUUCGUCCUCCAGGAUGACAAGACCAAUGAGGUGAUCGCAGCAUCUGGUCUACAUGUUGAUGACGCCUUACUAUGA